AUGGCUCGCAACGCAUUGGCCAAGGAGCAGUUCGUCAAGCUCAUCGUCGGAGCUGGUCAGGCCAGUCCCAGUCCGCCUGUUGGUCCGGCCCUGGGUAGUAAGGGUGUCAAGUCCAUGGACUUCUGCAAGGAAUUCAACGCCCGCACUGCUCACAUCAACACCGGUGUCCCCAUUCCCGCGCGUGUCACAGUCCGCCCCGACCGGUCCUUCGCCUUCGACCUCCGCACCCCGACCACCACCUACCUCCUGCUCAACGCCGCCAAUGUCGAGCCCCGGAAGAACCGCGUGCGUGGCGCCAUGAACCCCGGCCACGAGAUCUGCGGCAAGAUCUCCCUCAAGCAUGUCUAUGAAAUCGCCAAGAUCAAGCAGACAGAGACCCGGUUAUCGGGCUUGUCGCUUGAGGGACUGUGCAAGAGUGUCAUGUCCCAGGCCAAGUCGAUUGGCAUCCAGGUUGUCCCAUGA